AUGGUCUUCACUGUCCACCCUGUCCUCCGCGGAUGGUCACCUGCAUCUGUGGAGGAUGACCAUGACGUUCAUCUUCCAGACCAAACAUAUCCCCUGCCCAGACAAUUUAUAGCGUCCACCUCCUGUAUCACUCACCAACCAAUGGCUCCUUCAUCAGAUCGACGCGCACAGCGUAACAGGAGCAGGGAUCCUAGUUGGAUCCCUCGGCCUAGAAACGCCUUCAUAAUCUUUCGCUGUGAGUACUCGCGCAAGCACAGUCAGGCAGCCCAAGAGAGCGACGAGGAAUCGGAGGCACCGAAUCCUACAGCCAAAACCCUAUCAAAGCGGGCGGCUGAGGCGUGGAAGCAGCUGUCUGCUUCUGACAAGGACAAAUAUAAGGUGCUCGCAGAUAAGGAGAGGGAGGAGCAUGCACGCCUCUACCCCCACUACCGCUUUCGUCCAAUGAGGCGGCAAAUCUCCGGGCUGAAGAAGCGUCAAUACGAUUUGGGCCUGAGUAACGGCAGUUUUCUGCUGGAUUCUUCAGACGAGCAAGUACCUACUUAUAUCACAGAUGCGGAUGAAGACUCGCAAGAGGACGGAGGGGUUGCAUAUCAGCAGGCCAUCGAGAAAGAAGGGAGCGAAAGUCUCGAGGCAUCCGGAGACUCCGCACAGAAAGACGCCCCUGGAAAUUGCUCCGCAGCUCAGCGACGAUCGUCGUCUGUUCCGCUUCCCGACGCGUUCCCCACACCCACCCUCCCCUCACAUGCUCCGAAGGACGAUUUAUGCAGGUCUCGUUCUGCUGAAGGACGAGAGUGGCCACUGCGUCCUCUUGAUUAUGUGUCACAGGCCGCACAUGUUCGGUUUGGCAAGGAAUUUGAGGUGCAGCCACAGCAAUGGCAUGCUGCCUCAAACGAUGCAUCUCCUUUUAUAUCCUACAGUUUCGAUACAUCGACUGGGGAGCAUAACAGCUCGAUAGACGACCCAUCCGAGUCGCAUUUGGCACUGGAGCUCGGCUAUCAAUCCCCAAACAGCCGGGGCGGACUCACCUACACUCAUUCCUCCUUCACAGCUAACGCCUCUUCCAUUCCUGGCUGGAACGGCGACCUCCUUUCCCCCUGUAUGCCGGGGCAACCAAUGUCCCAUAGUGAUGCGCUAUUAGCACCUUAUGAAGACAUGGAGCGCGCACAGGCUCUAGAAGCUUAUGCCCUUGGCUUACACAAUUUUGACUUUUUUACCAAUCUCCUUCCCCUUCCCGAAUACCCUGAUCAUGCACCCGGUAUUCCCUGCGAUAUUGAGUACCCUGCACUUUUCCAAGAGCAAGCCACACAAUCGUAG